UUCUCAAUCAGGCAUGUUUUCCUGGCUGUGCAGGCUAUUUCACAGGGAGAAUGGCGAUCAAGGAGAGACAAGACCAAGGCAGAAGGAAUCUGCCAUCCCUUCUUGUAAAAACAGAAGAAUGAAAUCAUUCUGGGGAAGGCACAUGUCUGCUGGGAAAACAUCAUCCCAAAAUUGCAACAUCACUAAUCAUAUGAAGAAUAGGAAUAAACUAGAAGAUAUGAAAUUUUAUAUCAGGAAGAUAAAUGCUGAGAGGUUAGAACUUUUUCGCAUCUUGGACAUUGACAUGAAUACUGAUUUGAACUACAGGAUGAACAUUGAAUUCACCAUCAUUAAAUCACAACAUGAGAAGACAAUGUUGGAUAUGGAAAAAAUAACACAGUCAAUAAAUGAUACCAUUGAGAAGUACAAGGAAUUCAUAGAAGAUAAGGAUUCCUACAGCUUCAUGCACACCUACCUCCUGAAAGAAUGCAAUCAAUUGAAGGAAAAAGUAAGGAUGUUACUGAAUGAGAACAGAAAGCUGCUGGUAGAGCAGGCUGACCAGGAGGCAUCCUAUGGUGAAGAAAACAGGUUCUGUGAUGAGUCCAGCAAAAACAUACAUCCCAAGUACUAAGCAGUAGCAGGUGUGAAAUACUCCAGCAGAAACUGGAACAUGGAACAGACCAGCACAAGGUCUCCUUUGAAGAUAAAUUCUAUAGGAGGACCUCUGUGUGUGCAAAGCAAAUACUUCACCUCAUCCCCAGUAAUCAUGGCUAUCAUCUGCUGCAUUUUCUUCCUUUACUUUUGUUUCCUUGCAAUGAAUAGCCCUUAAUUUCAUCUGGGCUCAGGCUCAGCAAGAGUGAGCAUGUAGAGGGAUUCAGACAUGUGCUGAGACACAUCAAGAGCUGCUGGGAAAACAGGAAGAUUCUGAGUGUAAAUUUGUCUUGUCCUGAUAGGUCAUCAAGGAAAAUUAGAAAAUCAUUGUACAAAAUCACAAAGACUUUGAGCUAAAUUCUGUAACAUGUUUUCUGCUUAGUCUUGGGUGUCCAUAUUUUUCAAAACCAUACUCCAAAAAAGGAGACCUACUUACAUUCCUCUUGUAAAGAUUGUUACCAGAAGUAACUUAUUUUCUACUGUGUUGCCAAGGACAGCCAUGGGCUGUAAGUCUGUGCUGCAAAACAACAGCCAAAGAAGGCUCUUUAGCACAAUUCUUGUUUUUAGAUUUUGAUUUGAGCUUUGAUUACUUUUGUUCUUUGGUUUUCUUUAGUUUCAAUAGAAGUUUUUUUGUUUUUUUGUUUGUUUGUUUCUUUGGUGUUGUUUGGUUUUGUAAUUGAUUUAAUAUUUUGAUAAGGCUAUACACUGUACAUAUUGACUGCCCACUUUUAGUUACUAUUGAGUAAAUUGGAUGUAUUCUUGUGAAUAAAACAGUGAUCUCUAACUCUUCA